AUUUUCAAAUUAAAGGACAACAGAACCCAAGGUUAUUCCUUUUUCAUAUAUUUCAAAAUAUCCCACAAAACCCGAAUUUUGGGAAUUUUUUUCAAACGGUUUUUUCCUCAAAAUUAUGCUAUGAAACUUAAAAUGUUUAACUUCACCUGGGGCAUGGUAAGUGAUCAAGUAAGAAUCGCAGAGUAUAACAAUCUAAUUUUUAUCAUAAAUUCUUGUCAAUUGAGAUGAUAAAAUGAUGACAUAUGAAAUCGAUGCAAAAUUUGCCUGACGAGUCCCUAAUUUUCAUACAAAUUUGCACGAAAAUUGAUGUGGUUUUUACUUGAAUUUGAGGAGCGAUUUCGUGCAAAUUGGUCCUUUUCUUCGAAUCAGCGGCAUUUGGGGCGAUGCUGCGUUUCGGGGCGCACCGCUGUGCCGGUCUGCGGGCCCUGCACGGGGCGGGCCUCGUCCUCGGCUUCUGGAUUCCGAGCCAGGCCGGGCCGGCCCCGUCGCUGCUGCUGCACCGCGUCUUCUCCGCCCUGCUGACGGUCGCGUUCGUCGGCCAGUCGCUCUUUUCGCUCUACAUGACCGUCUGCUUCACCGUCGACGGCUACGUCACCGGCGUCCUCUACGCCGUCAGCCUCAUCACCGUCCUCAAACACCUCUUCUCCAUCGUCUACUUCCAAAUACGCAGAAACCGCCUCGUCCAAAUCUUCGCAGAACUCCAGGUGGUAAUGGACAAGUACAACUACCCUUUCGUCGACCUGCAAAGGAUGGCGCGGAGAGUCUCGUUCAGGAGUUUUGUGAUUUACUUCCUCCUGCCGUCGGCUUACAUCGUCCUGAUGAGGAGCAACACCAUCAGCUUGGUCGAAAUUGUCCGCAACCCUGCUGAAAAUAACGCGACCGAAAUUUUUUCCCUCAACCAAAGCCUGGGCACCUUCAGGAGAGAUUUCCAUCGAUUUUUCAAUCACCACUCGGAGAAUUUGUUCCGAGUGGCCAUUUUCGUGUCCACCAUGUCGAACCUUCGCGAAAUCGCGGCCAACGCGUUUCUGAUGACGGCUUAUUUGAUCAUUGCCGAGCAAAUGGAAAUCCUGACCGAGUGUCUGCGGCGAAUUCUGUGGCCGCCCCACUUCUUAAAAGUGGACAGAAUUUUUGGGCAAAAAUUUGGAAAAUCCGCGGUUAACCUGGAAGUGUGGCAGGAAUUCCAACAAAAAACGGCCCGAGUUUUGGACGAAAUCAACCGAUUUUCUUCCCCAAUCACGGUCAUUUCAAUCGGAUCUUACGUCGCUUUACUCACUUUAUCUGCUUUUGCACUGACAAAGAUGUUUUCGGAACCGGAAUUCGCGACCAAUUUCAUGACCGGAUGCAUUCUUUACUUGACGGAGAUUUAUUUGUACUGCGAAGUCGGUCACCGAAUCAAAAAGCAGGCGGACGCGAUGGGCGACGUGAUUUUUCACGGGCCGUGGCUGCGAUUGGAGGCGCACGUGGUGCCCGUGGUGCAUUUUCUCAGCCUCGACUGCCAACGCUCGUUUUCCGCCGUCGGCGGCCCCUUCUUCACCCUGUCCUUGGAGUUUUUCGCCACCGUCGUCGGCGCAUUUUUCACCUACUUCAUCGUCGCCGUUCAAAUCAAGUGAAAUUUAAACAAGAAUCUCGUUUUCUUUUCUUAAAAAUUUAUUUUGAAAAUUAUUUUAUAAACAUUUCAUUGCUGCGAGUUUUCGUACUUGAAGUUGCCGACGUUGUUGCCGACGGUCAUGGUGUGCGAGCCGGUGGCGAUCAGUUUGCCGCUGGCACAGUUGGUGAUUUGCACGUCGACGAAGGUCAUCGACCUGCCCGCCCUCUUCGUCUUGGCGUCGAUGGUGAUUUUGUCUCCGACCUUGGCCGCGCCCAUGAACCUUUUUAAUAAAAAGUUUAUUUUUUUCACAUUUUUUAAGAGAAAAAUUGAAUCCUGACGAGAGGUGCAUGUCGACGGAGACCCCCGGGACGCCGCCCGACUCGGUCAUCUGGGCCAGGUUGGUGACGCCGUCGGUGAAGGUGCAGAUGAGGCCGCCGUGCAGGGUGCCGCCGCUGUUGGUGUGUUCCUGCUCGACCACCAUUUCGGCCACGCACCGCCCCUGGCCCGCCGACACGAUCGUCACCUUUUUUUUUUCUCAAAAAUCUCGUUUGAAAUUUGCAAUUUCUUGCCACAAACUUUAUCAAAUGAGAGAUAAGAGUUGAAAUCUAGAAAGUUGUGCGAUGCACUUCAUAUUAAAACUGCUCUUUUUGAUAAGGUUGUUAUCGAUUUAUGUGCAACUUAUUUGCAGUCUUAUCUGGGAAAGUUUUGCGAUUUUUUUUUUUAAUUUAAUUUAUUUUUGUCCUACCUUAAAAUCUUUUAUCUUCAUUCAUCAUGAAAUCUAAUUUAAUAAUUAUAAAACAUUUCUCAAUAGUUUUUUUUUUUCGGAAGUUUUAGCAAAAUUCUUGCUAG